GGCUCCUUGACCAUUUUUUCAACCUUAAAACCAACAAUAACAAUAAUAACAACACUGCUGACAUUACGUUUCUAUAUAGGGAUACUGCUAUGGUAGGAAUGUUCAAGACUUUGAUUGACAUAAUCAUACUGAUCGUCACAGUAGUUAGUUCAACAUGUGAAGCCCCCAGCAAGCACAUCGAUGAAACAUUAAGUUCAUUUCGCAAACCUCAUGAACUAGAGCCUUCUACUUCAAAUGUAAGAAGGGAGAAAGCUUUAAUUGAACCACUCAGCAGGAGAAGCGACAGAUCAUCACACAAGAAACUUUUUGUUCAAGUUCGUGUAGAGAGGCUUGGACUCAUAAUCUCUACACAUUUGCAUUCUGGAAUGCUACUAAAAAAGUGCAAUUUGCUAAGAUAUGUACAUUACAUUCCCAUACAUUUCCCCUAUGCAAUGAAACUCAGGAGAACAUUAACAUUGUAACCACAAGUAAUAAGGCAUUUAACAGAGAUAAGAUACAUAACCAUUUGCAUUCUUCAAGGUUAUCCUCUAUGUGUUCUUAUUCUUCGGUGUGGUGUCAUUCAUCACCAGAAUCGGGUCUCAGAUGCCGCUUUCAGAAUCUUUAUUAUAAUCUUGAAAAGAGAGAGUUUGUUUUUGUAUAUCAUUUUAAUUCUGUUCUCUAUGGCAUAAAUAGCAUCAAAACUUUACAGGAUCAAUUGUUCAUGUCUUCUGUGGUAGGCCAUAAUGCUUUUCAAAUAUUAAUAACAACUGUACCAUUUGCUUCAUUUACCACAAAAUAUAAAUGCAAGACUAUUCCUGGAAAGAGCCUCAUAAUGGCUCGUUUCAAGUCAGACAACCUUCUCCAUGUCUUUCAUGAUGAUCUUUUACCUACAUAUUUUACAGUUAAGGAAAUUUGUAUGAAUGAUGUGACCUGCUCAGAUAACAUGACACUUAUUUUUACUGAUGAAAAUGAUCGAGGCAUGUACUGGGAUCUCUAUCAGUUAAUGUCCAAAAAUGUUUUAUUGAUGUCAGAAAGUAAUUCAGUUAGCAAGUAUGUUUGGUAUUGUUUUGCAAAUGCACACAUUGGACUGAAUAAACUAAGUGUAUGGUACCAAUAUGGCUUUGGAAAACCACAGGGUCCUCAGGUCAGUAACACUUUCUCUGGUUAUCAUUUAAGACAAUUUACUGACUUUAUAAAAGGAAAACUAAAGAUAGAGUAUCAUGUAACUGGCAUACAGUUGGGUGUUUUAAUAUCAAGGAAAUACAAUCGUAAAAUACUAAAUGAAGAGGACUUAUCUGCUGUUAUCAAAGACCAGCUUACACUGCAAGGUAAUCAGAAAGAUUCAGAAGUUACAAUUUUGUCUCUCGAAGACAAAGAAUUUUUUACAAUAAUAAGUGAAUUAACUCGAGCUCGUGUAGCUGUUGGAGUGCAUGGUGCAGCUCUAAUUCUUGGCAUGUUCCUACCACCUGGUUCUAUUUUGGUAGAGAUAUGGCCCUAUGGGAUAAAUCCUAAUGCUGCCACAGUUUAUAAAACACUAUGUGAACUGCCAAACUUUGGCAUCACAUAUAUUCCAUGGAUGAAUGAGGACCUGGAGAAUACCGUAUAUCACCCUGAAUACCCAAGUUUCUAUGGAGGUCUGAGUCAUUUGUCAUUUGAUAAACAACAGGAUAUAAUUAAAGGGCUUCAUGAAAACAAACUUAAUGCUGUGGAAUGCUGUGAUAAUACCACCUGGCUUUUUAGAAUGUAUCAAGACACACGAGUUCAUACCAAUGAAAAUGAUACUAAAUACCUAAGUGCAUUUUCAAGUAUUUUGAGAGAGGGCUUCAGCAAGUCUAAAGAUUAUUUAAUAAAUGAAGCUGUAAACAAUAAAAUAGAUUGUUUAUUGCAUCCUUCCAAAGUACAAGAAGUACAUUGUUACCUAAUAAAAGGUAGCUCCUAUACAAAGCUGUUCAUGGAAUGGGAGGAUCCUUGGAACAUUGAAGAUAUUAACUGCCAGGAUAUCUAUUUUGAAGUUGUUGUUAAGAUAGAGGGUGAGAGUGCAGUUGUUAGAGAUACUUUAAGCAAUAGACAUUAUUUUAAAAAGCUGAAAUUUGGAGUUGAAAGUACAUAUACAUGGGUAACUUGCUUUUGCAAUGGUACUGAAGGAUCUGUCUUUUUUAAGAUGUGUACUAUAUAAACUUUUUAAAGCUAC